CUGCGAUCAUCUAUGAGGCUGGACUUCCUGAAUGAGGCUUGGAUGAAGGCUAUCAUUCAUAAGACAUCACUCACCUGGAAAGAAACCAAAGGGCGGGUCACGACUGUAUCUGUGUCUUGCCGGUGUAGUUCUGCAUCAGUGAACCAAUGUUGGAACGUAAUCAUGAACUCCGGCCACGUGCAUGCCCUGCGAGCGUCAUGCCAGGUCUCCCGUUGCUUGGAACAAAAAGAAACGUUGACUUCCACUUUCACAACCUUCAGUCUUACACAGAAAGAUAGUGGUGGCCGGCGAAAGAUCAUACUCGAAAACAAGUCCUGCUGACAUCGAGAGCGGAAACCACUGUUGAAACACUGGCCAGACCAAGCAGAGACCGGUCCGGAUUGCAUGCGCCAAACGGUCGACUUCAUGGACACCACUCCAUAGGACAGACAAACCACCACAACCAUGUCAAAUAACCGAUAUUCGUCGCUCAACCGGCGCACUGCACCCUCAUCCUCUCUUUUCCAAGACUAUCCCGGCUCAAGGCCCUCGAGCUCUGCCUCCAGCCGGCCCGGCUAUGCCUACCCAUCCUCACAACUUGACGGGGGCCGCCCUUCCUCUUCCCCUUAUCUAAGCCCAUACUCGAGCACGAACGACACCGCAGUCCACGACUCUACACCCAGCUUUCGCUCCGCAACCCCCAACUCAAAGGGCCAGUAUUCCACCUCGGUGCUUGAGGAACUGGAAGCCCAGAACGAGGUUACAGCGACAACUAUCCUAUCCCAAAAGGUCUCGCAGCUGAAAUCUUUGACGAUCGCUAUCGGUGACGAGAUCAGAGACUCCAGUACAUUGGCCAGCCAGAUCAACGAUACCUUCGAGAAUACUGGCGUUAGGCUACGAGGUACAAUGAGGCGUAUGUUAAGGAUGGCCGAACGAACAGGUGUCGGAUGGAAGGCCUGGGUGUUGUUCUUCAUUGCCGUCUGGGCUAUCUUUGCCUACGUGUGGCUGUUUUAGUCCCCGCUGGACUGGUUUGGCGUCAUGAUUUGACCGUUGUGGUUUAAGAAACAAAACAUUUCAGGGCUCGGCGCUGGCCGCUGAGAUGGGACUGAUGGCAUAAUUUGAUGUCUUUGGCUCAGAUGCCGAAAAGGAGAUAUUGGAUUCUCCUACCAUGGCGGAAACAGGUUCGAAGCAGCUAUGGGCUCGCAGCAACAAGAGAUCAGCUACUACCCGCUCAAGAACCGAAGGACCACAUCUGGACCUCGUCAAGGCUUGGGACAGGCAACGGACCUCUCCGCAUCCGCACACUUGAGCCUCCACUCCACCAUUACGCAUAUCUGUACGAUCUUCACCGUCGCUCCCCAACAUUCAGGUUCGUCCAUCAGCGAGGGUCUGAAUGGGAGAUUGUCCAAACCGGCACACCAAACAAUGGCCCGCAGGCAGCGGUGUCGCGGUAAUAACACCGGAUCCCAUGUCUCUUAAUGUGGAGCGCCAUGGCUCAGAAAGGAUCGAAAGCUCUGGUAUACGACUGGCUGCAAGUUUGACGCAGAAACUUCUACGCAUUCCGAAUCAAAAUGUACCACUACUUCUGGAAUGAGGCUGGCUGCUAGGCGUACGCGGUUCUCUGAUCUCUGGCGGGUAAUUGAAACCCCUAUCAAGGUCUUGUAGUUUAAUCCUCAGCCCAGAAACUGGAAAGGCUCUAUCAGAAAAGCGAGGUGGAGCAAAGACAGAGCGAGACAAAUUGCAUGUAAUAGUUUAAUCGUAAUUGAAGCUUAUUGCUGACAGCAAUGACCGUGCCCACCAAAAGGUAUCAAAAGCCCUUAAUCUCGA